GACUGGCCUUUGGGCAAGCUUGCACUGAUACAAAUAUGACCAAAAUACUGUAUGUCAAUCAAAAAAUCUGUACGGUAGCAGAAGAUUUGCUUAUGUCACUACUGAUUGCCGUAUACACCAGUUACUUUAUUUAAAUAACACUGGAACGGAUGAAAAGCUCAAAAUGCGAAGAGAAGAGAAGCUGUGCUCGAUUUUUGUUUUAUGCGUUUGCAUCAGAGUAUGUCGUGGAUUGAAGCCUUUUCAGCUGAGAUACAAAAUAAGUAAAGCCCAUUGUUCACCAGUGCAAGGAUUUGAAAAUCAUAUUUUGCCAUGUUACGAUUUUCAAACAAAAAAACUGGUCGACCCGAGUGAUUGCAGUUUGAAGAAAAAUAAGCAUUGCUGCAUGUAUAAUUGCCGAUGCAUCAUCAGAGGAGCUGGAACAGUGGACAUUCCAGAAGCUUAUCGACUACGUAAUAACAAAUUGAUCUCUCAGUUCAAUUUAAUCAAAGGUUGUGUGACUAAUGUAGAAUUGUCAGACAACAAAAGUAAUUCCUCUGCCUUUGCUACAACAUUACCAAAAAACAAACAAAGUACAACGCCAGCGAACGAAAGUACAAGGGCGUCAACGACAACAACAACGCCAACAUACUUUUCAUUCGAGGUAGCCUCUGUACAACCUUCAACUUUGUCAACAAAAGAAAGCAGGCGUUUGACAACAAUUUCCGUUUCUACGAAAAUGAAAAACAAAUCAACACCACUAAAAAAACGCCCAACCCCGCGCAAAACGUUUUCUCAAAUUGCAUCUAAAACCAGUUUAGGAAAAAAACCGAAAAACCAGAAAGAUCCAUCAAGGGUCAAAAUAAGUGCAACUAAAGCAUCCACGAUAAAGUCUAAAAUCAAACAGCCAAUGGCUCGGAAGGGUCUAAAGCGCCAAGCACAUCCAAAAAGACCAAGCAAUCGCAAGCCAAAUCAAUAUAACAAACCACUGAAGUUGUCGUCACAAACACCCAGUCAUGGUAGAGGAACAAAGGAAGAUUUUCAAAAAACUACACCAACUGCAGCCACCAAAAUACGUAAAGUUAAGCCUACAAAGAAAACCAAUCAUCCUUGUACAACAACGAGAAGGAACCAGCAAAGUUUUUCGUUUAACUUUUUCUCGCGCAUGGCAAAUAUUCUAAACGGAAUUGGAUUUAACUACGAAGUAGAGCCAAAUGAUGAUUGUUGAUUGAGCCCAAUGAAAAAGUUUUUAUAUUUAAUGUUUUUUUUUCAAGGUGAACUUUUAUCUAUGCAUUUUAUGUUUGGAUAAAUACAAUUUUAUCUAAAGACAAA